GCCCCCCCCCCGGUCACGAGUCCCGUCAUACCUCGGCUCAGCGACCUUAUAACCCCAAAUUCCCUUCAAAUUUCUGCUCGUUUUCAACAUGUGCUUUCUCCCAUGUGCCUUCACCGCCAUCAUAUUGCUUUCGAGAAUGUUAUACCACCAUGACUGGAUCUUACAGGUUACAUCGCUCCCCGGACCCCCGGACUUCCCUGAUCUCUCAACCAUCAUCCCCAGAUGCUCCCGCCUCUCCCCCGUGGGGAAAUACGACCAGUCCCCGGACUAUGCUUCGAGCUCGACUUGGUACGCAUUCCGGACUUUGAAGUUUGUUUCCUCCUCCUCGAAGAUCGGAAUCUGCCCCGCAUCGAACCGCGUCGAACACCCGGCUUGCAGUCUUCUCUUCAAGGAUUGCCGUUAUUUACCACAGGAACAGGGAGCCGGGAUGAUGGUCCACAUGGCUGCUCUGUCGGAGACUCAUGAGUAUAUAAAGGUCACGUAGAGAACUGAUCUGCAAGAAAUAUUAUCUCGUUCCAGUCUUACGAGCCUGUGUUCAGACGGACCACAGCGGACACAGAGCUUCCAUCUGAUCCGUGCCGUUAUAGCGGC